CUUCUCGACGUCGGAGCUCGAGAAGCAUUUUGCCUCGCUCUUGGUCUCUCCCCCCCCGCGCUCCCGAGCGACUGCGACUGCGGCACGCGUACCACCGCGCGGUCCAGCGCUAGGAUGGUCUAUCGGAACGUCGAAGCCUACGUUUAGAACCGAGUCGAUGAUUUGUCGGGUCAAGACGACGACGACGACAAGAACGACGCAGGUAGAGCAGUAGCUCGAAGAUCUGCACGCAGCGGCAGAGCGAGUGGGAGGGAGUGCUUGCUGGUAUAUCAAUGCAGGUGUUGAUUAGUCUGCCUUAGGUGCCGCAGGCAUUCGAAUUCGAGCUGGGAGUCGACCGGAAGUCCAUCUCCUCGUCGCCGAGAAGCGGAGAGCAUGGGCUCGUACAGCACUUUGACGGUCUCUCUGCUACCGGAGUCUGAGGAUUCUUCUGAUCUUCUCGCUCCGAAAGAGCCACAUCAGCAGCAGAAGCAUGUCGACUGCGGCGCCGAAGAAGAUCCGCAGGACCCGAGCAAAUUGGAGGUUUGGGACGAAACGAAGAAGGCCCUUGCGCUCGCCUGGCCGCUGAGCUUGUUCAAUGUGGCGGGAUUCUCCAUCCUCGUCAUCACUCUCAUGUUCGUGGGUCACUUGGGAGAACUGGAGCUCUCGAGUGCAUCCAUAGCCACUUCGUUCUCGGCCGUCACUGGGUUCAUAGUGAUGGUCAGUAGUCCCUACCCCACAUCCCACCGAAUGCAUGAAUUGCCAUCAGACCGGCCAGCGACACAGAAAUCCAUCCGAUUCCGCCGGUCUGCGAUCGGGUAAGGAACUCAUUCCCCGCAAGAAUCUCGUCUCAAGUCUGCCUCGCGUGGGUUGAUUGCAGCUUGGCAUAGCGAGCACGCUGGAAACGCUCUGCGGACAAGCCUACGGAGCGAAGAAAUACCACUUGCUCGGCGUGUACCUGCAAGCGGCGUGGAUCGUGGGCUGUGGAGUGGGCGUGUUCGUGCUGAUAUUGUGGUGGAAUAUGGAGCCCGUGCUCAAGGCAGUGGGGCAGGACCCCGAGAUCGCCCGCAUGGCCGGCGACUACUUGAAGUACAUGGUGCCCGGAGUGUUCGGCGCCGCGCUCCUGCAGCCGAUCGUCAAAUUUCUGCAGUCGCAAAGCGUCGUCUUCCCGCUCGUGGUGUGCGCGCUGCUGGCCGUGCUCUUCCACAUUAUCUGCUGUCAGCUCAUCAUCGUCACCUUCGACUUCGGCUUCACGGGCGGCGCUCUGGCCACCACCAUCUCCUACUUCCUGCUGCUCAUCAUGCUCAUCGUCUACACCUGGGGCUCCGGCAAGUACAAGGCCACGUGGACCGGCUUCACCUGGGACGCCUUCGCCGCAGUCAAACCUUACCUCCGCAUCUGCAUCCCGUCCACCUGCAUGCUCUGCUUGGAGUACUGGACCGUCGAGCUUCUGGUGCUGGCCGCGGGCCUGCUGCCGAAUCCGCAGCUGCAGCUGUCCCUUCUGUCAAUCAGUCUGAAUACGACGAACUUGGCCUUCAACAUUCCCAUCGGACUGAGCGCCGCCGUGAGCACGAGGGUGUCGAACGAGCUGGGAGCGUAUCGCCCGUACGCAGCCAAGCUCGCGGGGAAAGUAGUGUUUGGAAUUUCGGUCAUGUCGGCGUGCAUCAUCGCCACGGCCAUGGUCGCGGCUCGGCACGUGUGGGGGAAGGCGUUCUCCGGCGUGGAGGAGGUGGUGGUGAAUGUGGCCGAUCUCAUGCCGCUGAUCGCCCUUUCCGCUCUUUUGGAUGGAAUUCAAGGAGUGUUAUCAGGUAUUGCGCGAGGGUGCGGGCGGCAGGACAUGGGCGCGAUCAUUAACCUGACGGCCUUCUACAUCGUCGGCAUCCCGGCGGGCCUUUUCCUGGGCUUCGUGAUGGAACUGAAUGCAAGAGGCCUGUGGAUGGGACUUCUUUGUGGGCAGCUCACGCAGUCGCUGCUUCUACUCCUUCUAAUCACUACAAUGAACUGGAAGAAAAUGGCUGAAGAAGCUUUGAAAAGGGUAGGAUCAGACCCCCAUCUUCCAACAAUGGUGGAAUCAGGCUAAGAGGUAAUUGUUUUCUCUGUGGUGCUGCUCGACCUGAAUCAAGUAACUUGCGGACUAAAUCAAACUUCCCAUCGUGUUUGCUAAAAUUGAGUCAUUUGGGAGACGGGCUUGGACUACCGGAGUCGGUCACAGCUCAUUGUCUUUCAAAAGGUAGCGUAUGUGGAGUCCAGUUUCCUGAUUGUGGGUCACCCAACUCUGUCUGCGGAGUUCACAGCCGAAGAGGGUGUGCUCGCAACUCCCGCAACUGCAACUGCAAUCACCACGUGAGACUGGCUGCAUAAUGGUCGAUGGUGGAGCGAAAUUUUGUACUCGACACACAAGAGGACUUCUAGCCAGCAGAUCACGACAUCGAGCGAGCUUUUGCACUGAUCGAUCUUGUACCAUUAUGAGAUGAUUGGGAAGAAUUUCUUAUACAGGGCAUUCUAAAUCCUAAAUCUGCUUCGACUCUUGCACGGUACAGCACCAUUGAAAAUUAUAAGGCACCGUAAUUUACACGAGGUCACAUUCUAGUAUUAUUCAUCGCUAGCAGGAAUCAUAAGAACAUACGUGAGACAAAUCACGGGUAAUAGAUCUACACUAGUUGCAACAUCAGAUCUACCCAUACCAGCAGAAUGCUGUUCCGUUCGCACGGUUCAAAUAUAACAAAUUCUCGAACAGCAAUGCUGUGAA